CCGAGCGGAGAGGUUGGGCGGCCCGUGGCACGCACUCGCGGGUGAAUUAAAACCCUCAGGGCCUUUCCCAGCCCCUGGAGCCCAAAACACCCUAAAUCUGCCCCUUCCUCGGGCCCAGCAGAACGUUAAAGCCCGCCGCAGCUGCGGCUCUGCUCGUGUAGAGGUAACCAAGCUCGUUCCUGGGACGCUUUGCCGGGGGACCAUUUCUCCUGCCUCCGCGAUGGCUUUCCCAGGUGUGCGUCCCGGGGAAUGCAGGCAGGGCCGGGGCUUGAAGAAAACACAAGACCCACGGCCUCAGCGCACAGGUCGAAGUGGACUCUCGACGAAACCCUGGACCCAGAUAGUUAAGACCUGCCCAAGUACAGCUGAGCAUCCCUUCGGACAUCAAAUAUUUCGCUCUUACGCAAUUCUUCAGAUUUAUACUUUUUUGCUUUUUAUUUAAACAUUGGCAAAGUGGCCUAAUUCAAAUAAGCCACCUUUCUCAGGUGAAGAUAAAUCCAUUACUUUUUGUUUACAGUGAGCUAAAUGAAGCAAUGGAGUAUCCUUUAAAUGCAUAUACAGUGUAGGUAUAGAAAUCACAAAUGUCUUCAAAGGAUGGGAGAUCCAGGAAUCGAGACAGGCACUACAAUGAAGUCCCAAGGGACUUGACCCAUGAAGAUGGCACCAUAAGAACCCUCCAGACUCUUCAUGACAGUGAGCUGGCUGUGAGCGCUGAUCCUUUGCCACCACCCCCUCUCCCAUUACAGCCACCAUUUGGCCCUGACUUCUACUCAAGUGACACAGAGGAACCAGCCAUAGCACCAGACCUCAAACCCGUAAGGCGCUUCGUCCCUGAGUCCUGGAAGCACUUCUUCAGAGGAAAGAAAAAGGACCCAGAAUGGGAUAAGUCGGUGUCAGACAUCAGAUACAUCUCAGACGGAGUGGAGUGUUCGCCUCCAUCCUCUCCAGGGAGACAAAACCACCACUCACGCCCCAACUCCGACAAAGAUCCUUACGGAGGGUCAGAAGGAACCUUUAACUCCCGGAAAGAGGCUGAAGCGAUGCUUCCCCAGGAUCCCUAUGGGUCUCUGGGCCGACACACACAAACGGCUCUAACGUACAGUGAGAAGGUGGAGGCCUACAACCUGAGGUACUCCUACAUGAAGUCGUGGCCUGGCCUGCUGAGAAUCCUCGGGGUGGUGGAGCUGCUGCUGGGGGCGGGCGUCUUCGCCUGUGUCACAGCUUACAUUCACAAGGACAGUGAGUGGUACAACAUGUUUGGCUAUUCCCCUCCCACAGCCAUGGGAGGCUUUGGUGGCCUGGGCAGUGCGUAUGGGGGCUACUACUACAGUGGCCCCAAAACUCCUUUUAUACUCGUGGUUGCUGGAUUAGCUUGGAUCACCACCAUUAUUAUUCUGGUUCUUGGCAUGUCCAUGUAUUAUCGGACCAUUCUUUUGGACUCUAACUGGUGGCCCCUGACUGAGUUUGGAAUUAACAUUGCCUUGUUUAUUUUGUAUAUGGCUGCAGCCAUAGUCUAUGUGAAUGAUAUCAACCGAGGUGGACUCUGCUACUAUCCAGUAUUUAAUACACCAAUGAAUGCAAUGUUCUGUCGGGUAGAAGGAGGACAGACAGCAGCGAUGGUCUUCCUGUUUGUCACCAUGAUUGUUUAUCUCAUCAGUGCUUUGGUUUGCCUCAAGUUAUGGAGGCAUGAGGCAGCUCGGAGACAUAGGGAAUACAUGGAACAACAGGAGAUAAGUGAGCCAUCAUUUCCAUCAAAAAGAAAAAUGUGUGAAAUGGCCAUCGGAGGUGACAGACAGAGAGACCAAGAAGUUCAUUUCAAAGAAUUGAGACCAACAAAUAUGAAACCUGAAAUACUGAGUGGACAUAUCCCCUCAGGCCACAUUCCCAAACCUAUCAUGUUGCCUGACUAUGUGGCAAAAUACCCUGUGAUUCGGACAGAUGAUGAACGGGAGCGCUAUAAGGCUGUGUUCCAAGACCAGUUUUCAGAGUACAAGGAGCUCUCUGCAGAAGUCCAGGCCGUCUUGAGGAAGUUCGAUGAGCUGGACGCAGUGAUGAGCAGACUGCCACAUCAUUCGGGAAACCAACAGGAACAUGAGAGAAUUUCAAGAAUCCAUGAAGAAUUUAAGAAAAAAAAGAAGGACCCUACGUUUCUGGAAAAGAAGGAGCGCUGUGAUUACCUAAAGAAUAAACUUUCUCACAUAAAGCAGAGAAUUCAAGAAUAUGAUAAAGUAAUGAAUUGGGAUGUACAAGGUUAUUCUUAAACCUUAUCUGAAACCAAUUUUUUUAAUAUCAAACUUAAUAUUUAUUUACUGUCUUUUUUUAUGUUAGUCUCUGUGAUAUUUGAGAAGCAAGUGCUUCCUGAAUCAGCUUUCAGUUGGUUUAGCCAGUCUGCAGUGUUAGAACAGUGUGGUUUCACAUCAGACAUUUCAGAAAGACUCAACUUUACGAAGAAUGGAAGACAUACUGAAUUCAUCUCUGUACAGUUUAUGUUUAUCUUUGUUGACAUUGGAAGUGAUUCAGAGCUCGUAUCCUGGGGUGUGAGAGAAGAUGAGUAUCAGUUCUGGUGCUGAGGAAGUCUUGAUUCUGGUGCCGUAGAGGAUCAGCUUUUCCUUUUUCACUCAGGCCGGCUCCUGAGAUUUUCUAGGACAAAUUUCUCAUCCUAGCCAAAGGUGUCAUUUGUUCCCUGGAGAGGGUUUGAAGCCAACAUCAACAUUUUCAAGCCCGAUGAUCUUGGCCAAGGUGUGUGACCUCUCUAUGCCUAUUUCCCCACCUGUAAAACGGGCCUAAAAUAGUACCCACCUCAUUGGGUUGUUACCAGGAUUAAGGUCCUUAAUGAGCAAGCCCUGCCAGCUAACCACAAGGCCAUGUGUCUCCUGACCUUCCCUGUUGUGUUGUUAAUAACUCUAACCACUCGUAGCCUUAAGUAGAUGCUUUCAUUGUGGUUCUGUGCCCAGUGGGGUCCAACACAGCCUUCCCAUCUUUAAUCGGUCUCCCUGUGCACACAUCUCCACAGCCCAGCUGUUCCUGUACGCAUCCCAUCUCAUGGGACCAUGUGGAUGUUGUUUGGACAUUUUCUCUGCUGUUUGGACAUUUAUCCUCGGGCCCCAUGACGUUACAUUUACCUAGAAUCCCACUUUCACUUAUUGGGAUGCUUCAUCUUCCUAAGAACUAUCUUGGCUUUGGGGCUUUAUUCAUGAGAAAUGUUUUAUUUUUAUUAGUAUGAACAAUGAACUGCCUUAAAACAUUUUUUUGAAAAUCCUUGUUAUUAGAUCCUAUUCAGCAGCAUUUAUCUUGUAAUUUCCCAGGUGUAGAAAUACAAUUUCUGCUCAAUAUAGCUGCCAUUCAAAUAAUUGGUGUCCAAAGAAUUUUCUAAAGUGAAACUGCUGAAAACGUAGAAAAGCAGAGGGUUAAAAGUGUUGGUUACUGAAUGAACCUCCUAGUUUUUCUUUGUCAGUGAAAUCUUAUUUAAUGUUGUUGUUAUUUUAAUACCAUGGUGCUCAGACUAUGCUUAGGGCUCUAAGAGUUUUAAGGUGACACGGAGGGAAGUGUGAGGCCCCCUCUGGAAGCACACACACCCCCGCCCACCUAGAACAGCUUCCCUUUCUAUUUUAUGUAUUGGGGCCCGCUAACAAACAUUUCACUUAAGAGCACCAAUGCUUUAAAAAUAAAAUAGAUGAAAGAAUACAUUUUGGUAGACCGUAAAAAUUUAGAUUAAUAUUGAAAUGAAGCAUUUAGGAAAUUUAACUUUGUGAAACUUUAUUUUACUACAAUUGUAAAUGUUAAUUCUUGAGAAGUGGUGUUGUAACACUGAUUUUUUUUAAAAUUUUAUAUCAAUACCUAGGCAUAUUAAAACUUGUUACCUGUUGUUUUGCUUUUCUAACAUUCCUGUGUUGACUGGGCAUGUUCUUGAAAAUAUUUUCAUUAUCAUAAAGCACGCUGGGAAAUCACUGCAAACCUGUAGGUCAUGACAUUCAGGUGGCUGUUUACUCCUCCCCCAUUACUUGUAAGAAUUCAAAGUCAAGGCCACUGUGUUGGUUUCCACAGGCUGCCAUAACAAAGUACCACAAGCUGAGUGGCUUAAAACAACAGAAGUUUAUUGCCUCUCAGUUUUGCAACCUAGAAGUCUGAAAUUACAAUGUCAGCAGGGCCAUGCUCCCUCUGAAACUUGUGAGGAAUCCUUCCUGGCUUCGGGUGGUUUCCUGGCAAUCUUUGGCAUCCCUGGGCUUGUGUACGUAUCACCCAGAUCCUGUCUUCACACAGCUGUCUUCCGGUGAGGACACCAGGCAUAUUGGAUUAGUGACUCGCCCUCCGUAGGAUGACCUCAUCUUAACUGAUUACACCUGUAAAGUCCCUGUUUCUAAAUGACAUCACAUUCUAAGGUACCAGAGGUUAGGACUUCAACAUAAUCUUUUGGGGGUCGAAACCACAAUUCAACCCAUAACAGCCACCUUUGGCAAGGUGUGAAGAUUUGGAAGCAAAGAUAAUUCUCUACAUUUUUUCCCCUCUUAUCUGACUUUAACAUAUAUUCUAAUCUCAAAGUUAAUAUAAGAUUAUGUCAGUGUGUCUAAAACUGGGAAAGAGGAAAGUAUAUAGUCUUCACUUAUUCAUUUGCCAGUUACGUGCCAAAUGUUUUCACUGAGCGGUUGUUGUAGCAUUGAAGAUACAGUAGUCAGUAGUCAGAUAGAGACCUUGGAUUAUAGUCUAACAGGAGAUCUGAAUGAGAAGACAAGAGGUUGUUGAUGCAGUACACAUUUUGAUGUGCAUUUCUGGAAAUGAUUUGUGAAAGAAACCUUAUAUGAGAUGCAGCAAUGGUCAAAAGAUAAACAAUACAGGCAAAGUCUAUAAAUUUUUUCUGACUCAUCUAUUUAAAAAACGAUUGGAAAUUUUUUUAAAGGAAAAAAACCCCACAAAAACAAAUGAGUAUAAAAGCUCAGAAAAUAAAAGUCCAACCACUAUCAGUUCCACUCCCUGGCGAUAUAUAUUGUUGGGAGCAUAUCCUCCUAGUCUUUUUGUUGUGUGUUUUGUUUUGUUAAUCCUCAUGGAUAUUUUUCCAUUGAUUUUUAGAGAGAAUGGAAAGAAGAGGGAGAGUCAGAGAGAGACAUUGAUUGGUUGCCUCCUGCACGUGCCCUGCCCAGGGCCAGGGAUCAAGCCUGCAAAAACGGUAUGUGCCCUUGACUGAUGUUGAACCUGGAACUCUUAAAACUGCUGGCCAAGGCUCUAUCCACUGAGCCAAACCAGCUAGGGCUCUUUCUAGUCUUUUUAUGAUACAUAGAAUCAUUUAAAAAUUACCAACUUUAAUACUUUAAAUAUGUUUUUAAAGAAGAGUAUCUGAGAGGCUACACCAGCCUGUGACAGAGCGACUCUCCUGUAAUAGAGAAUGUAACAGGGACAGUCAAAGGUAGGAAGGAUGGGUCAGCCCAGCAGAAGGAGAAUGUGGGCUUAUGAGCCCACAACCAACACAUCUCUUACUGUAUGAUUUUGACAAAUGAACCUCUUCAAGCAUCUGCUUCCUUAUCUGGGGAUGAUAAUACUGCCUGAUGAAAGUGUUGUGAAAAUUAAAUGCAAUAAUGUACGGAAAAUAACCAAUUGCUCAAUAAGUGGUGGUUGGAUAUUCAAAUAUACUUUCAUUGAGUUCAGUAUUGCGUUGACUACUUUAAAGGUAGAAUAUCAAAAUAACUAAUAAUAACAAUGACAAAAGGCUUUUUCAGAAAGUAUAUGGAAAUGCAUUUAUUGUAGAAAAUUUAGAAAAUGAAGAUAAGCUUAUAUUCUUCUAAAUACACACAAAUGAAAUUGCCCAUAAUUCUACCCCCCUCAGAGAUAGUCACUAUUAAUAUUUCGAAACUUAUCCUUCCAUUCUCGUCUUAAUUAUAUACAGGGUGGGGCAAAAGUAGGUUUACAGUUGUCGGUAUGCGAAACUGUUUAUUCUUGUAUUAUUUUUUUAUAGUUGAGACAUGUUCUUUAUGUGUACAUUAUCAAAUUCCAAGUAAUAAAUCUAACAUGAACAGAAAACAAAUUAUCCUUGACAAUUUCCCGCAUACUCUGAGUUAAGACUUGAAUUUGCAGUCAUCAUCAGCGAAGCUCUGUAAUCCCACCAAGAGUCCUUGAAAGCAUGUUCACACACAACCCAAUCCCAGGUAAUGAUGGACCAGUAUUAAGUAAAAUGGCAUUAGGGACCAUCCUCUCAGAUUUCAAUAAUUUGUAAUCUUUUUGCUGGUGGAGGGUCUUUCCUCAAUGUUGAUGGCUGUUGACUGAUCAGGAUGGGGGGUGACUGGCAAUUAAGACAAUGAACUUCGCCACAUUGAUUGACUUCUUUUCAUGAAUGACUUCUCACUCUGUAGCACUGAGCUAUUCUUGUAUUAUUAUUUACUUUUCCACACAACUGAAACCUACUUUUCCCCCUCCCUGUAUUUACACAAGCAUAUUAAAUAAAGAACGAGUUUUGGUAUUAAUAAAAAAUUUUAAAGUUAUA